CUCAUCUUUGAAAUGUGUCUUAAAAAAUUAAUCACAUGUUUUCGCUGAAGUAUGAACUGCCAUGAUUAUUUUUUUUUUUUUUGAAAUUUAAAGUCUUUUUUUUUAAUUUGUAAGCUUCAAGGAUAAAAUAAAUACAAUUUUUGUCAAAGUUAGUCCUUUGUUUUAUAUUCAGUAAGGAAAUGUUUAAUUGGAUGUAGUGAAAACGAUAGUAACGUUAUUAAAAAACAGUGUGAAUUAUGCCUCGACAUUUUAAAUUUUUGAACAAUGAGGAAGAAGCUUUACGAAUCCAAGGAGGUCUAGCUUUCUUACAACUAGCGGACCCUAGCAUAAAAAAUGUGGUUAUUCGUGCGACGUUUGUCUCAGUAUAUGUACUGAAUGAAAUAGAUCAAAGCUGGGCUCGAGCGAAUCUUGAAGGCGCUUUAUAUAUUGUUUAUCGUUCAGUGAAUCCUCAUUUCAGACUCGUUAUUGUAAAUCAACGAGAUCCUAGAAAUCUUGUUGAGGAUAUCACGCCUUUAUGGGAGGUGAGCUCAGAAAAAAAUUAUCUUUUUUUUCGAGUUCCAUUAAAUUCCAAAGUCGACACUCAUCCCUCUGAUCCUAAAGAUAGACGUGUAGCAGGUCUUUGGUUUUCCGAUGAUUUCGAACGAAAAUAUGUUCAGAAAGCUAUAGAACGACUUUUAUCAAUAGGAUUGUCACCCGUUAUUUUUGAAUCAUACAAUGAAAAAGCAUCAUCACGUAAAAAAAGUCCUUGUCCUUUGACAGAAGAUCAAGAGAAAGGACCUAAAAGUGUGUUUGUGAAGCGUUCAGCAAACAAGUCUCAAAGUUCUUCAAAUCCCUAUCGCAGUAACGAGCAAAGUCAUAGUAUUGAGCCGAAAGGGAAAGUUGCAGGAGAAGCAAUACUUAAUUUAAUCGGAGUACAUCGUUCCGCUAGUUCGUGUGCUGCUGUAAAGAAGAGUGACAGUCUAGAUAGUUUUUCUAAUAAGACAAGCUGCAAAAAAACCGGUGCGACUUCACCGUCUCCUCAAGAGUCAAAAGAGACAUUGGUUUAUUCACCUUUAUCAAAUCGUACAGCUUGUUCUUCUUUACAAAGUCACGGUGACAUAUACUGUUCAAAUAAUUCGGAGGAAAUCCACGAUUCCGAGUUGCGCAGAAAUUUGUGUGUGCAACUUCAACUCUUUGCAAAACAAGACUCAUCUCGUGUGGUAUCGUUACCCGAUAGCAAUAUUACAAAUGUAGAUGCUACUUCUCAAAAGUCAUUCGUCACUUCUACCAAUAAUAAUUCCGAGUGGUCCAAAACUCAAACCAAUUGUCUUUUUAAACUUUUUCCUUCCACCAAACUUAUUUGUUCGCAAGAUUCAAAGGAUUCCUGUAAGGUCAUGACUAAAACAGCUACUUCGCGUUUAACGUACUCAAAUGAGCCUUUAUCGAAUAGCUACGGUUUGCACUGCUUGAAUUGCUGUUGUCCUUGUAUGCGCUCCCGUUCGUCUUGCUCUUGUAAUGCAUUGUAUGAUAAUGCAACGGAAACUCAAACAAAGAACCCUAAUUUAACAACACGAAAUAAUUAUUUGGAUUCCAUUCUUUGUGAGGGAUUACAAAAUGAAUAUGAACCCACUUGUUGUUGUGGACCUUCAGAAAGUAUUUUGUCAGAGUUAGAUCAACGUCUUUUUCUAACGCUUUUAACACGUUUACUAAGACCUUCUUUGACGCUUUCCCAUUGUGCUACUCAACCUUGUAUAUAUCGGGAAGUAUCCAAUUGUAAACAAUGCGAACAUCUUCAAACGUCAUGUCAUGGAAAAAACUUCAUGAAUUGUACUAAUACUUGUUGUAGUAAACCAGAUGGACACAAUGAACAUCCAAAUCGUACAAAACCUAAUAUUUCGAACGAACCUACUUCUUUUUAAUUCCUUAUCUAUCUUUUGUUGUUUUCGAGGCUUCAUUCAAAACUCUUGCCAAAUCACUAAACAUUUACAUCACUGAUAUUUAUUUUUUCAAUUUGCCAAUUUUUCUAUCCUUCCAAACCAUUCAAUUUCCUUUUUUGAGUUCUUUAGCUACAUGAUCAUAUUAAAAUUUUUAACCGUAUAAGAAAGUGUUAGUGGGUUUAUCAAAAAGUAAUUGUUAAGCGUUAUUUUUUUAUUUGUGCUUUUAUUAUAAAUGAAAAGGAAUUAUUUAAAAACAUUUUGAACAUUCUUUUAAUAAACUGUUA